GUGGUCACUAACUGCCAAGAGAAAAUCCAGCAUUGGGAGAAAGUAGACAAUGACUAUAAUGCUCUUCAGGAGAGACUGAGAACCUUGCCUGACAAGUUGUCCUACGACGUCAUGGUACCAUUUGGCCCUCUUGCCUUCAUGCCAGGAAAACUUGUCCACACUAAUGAAGUCACUGUUUUACUUGGGGACAACUGGUUUGCAAAGUGCUCAGCAAAGCAGGCUGUGGGUUUAGUUGAGCACCGGAAAGAACAUGUAAGAAAAACCAUAGAUGAUUUAAAAAAAGUGUUGAAAAAUUUUGAAUCCAGAGUUGAAUUCACAGAAGACUUGCAGAAGAUGAGUGAUGCUGCAGGUGAUAUUGUUGACAUAAGAGAAGAAAUUAAAAGUGACUUUGAAUGUAAAGGAAAACAACGAAUUGCUCAUAAACCUCAUUCCAAACCAAAAACUUCAAAUGUUUUCGAAGCAGAUUUUGAAAAUGAUGUAAAACCCAAGGAUUUGCCUGCUGAUGAGGAAUUAUGGGCUCGACUUGAAGAGCUAGAGAGACAAGAAGAAUUGCGGGGUGAACUUGAUAGUAAUCCUGAUACUGUGAUUACAAAUGGCGAAGACACAGUGUCUUCCGAGGAGGAAAAGGAAGAACCAGGCACAGGCACGGGUGUGAAUGUGGCGCCUCCGGUGACAGACUCCUCUGCCUCUGCCGGCUGUAGCAUGCAUGCUCGAAAUGCAGAGCUCCCCAAUGGCCAAGCCAGUAGUCAUUUGAACCGCUCAGUGAUUGGUUCACAUUCUUAUCAUAGCAACGGAGAAGAUGAAGAUGAUGAUGAUGACGAUGAAGAUGACACUGAGGAAGAUGAGGAUGAGGAUGGUGAUGACAGUGACCACACUAUUUCAAUAGAUAAUUCUGUACCAACAAUAUAUUUCUUUCAUACUGUUGAACCUAAAAGGGUUCGAAUAAACACUGGGAAGAAUACCACUUUAAAAUUCAGUGAAAAGAAAGAGGAAGCCAAAUGGAAACGCAGGAGUGGUGCUGGGAGCCAUGCUCCCCACGAGCUGCCUGCCAUCAGGACGGAUGGGGAUGACCGGCGCUGCGUCCUGAGGAGCCUCAGCUGCGAGGAGGCCUCCGAGGGCAGGGGGAGCACUUUGGAAGAACUGCAGGAAAACCACCCCAAGAAGCUGUUGCCCUCAGAAGCGUCCGAGGCUUUUUCUGGAACUGUAAUAGAAAAAGAGUUCUCAUUACCCCCCUUAGCACCACAGUCAGCCAUUGUUCAUCAUGUCCUACCCACUAUUCCAGAGCGAAAAGAAGUUCUGUCAGAAGGAUCUGAGGAACCUGCAAAGAGGGUUUCAAAGUUCAAAGCUGCCAGACUGCAGCAGAGAAACUAGAGAGGAGCUGGGUUUCACCCUCUGCAGCUCAAGCUUCACUUGAGGACACACAGCAAAUUCAGCCCAUGGAGUUGGAAAGACGUCCUGCUCACUUGGCAGCAACAGCUCUCUCACCUUUCUCAGUGGCAUUUAAAAAGUCAAAGUAAAUGUUUGAAUACUGUGACGUUCUGCUGGCUUUGUUAAUUCUCUGAGUACUGUCUAUGGCCUUAGGAUGCAGUAGCAGCAUUUGGAUUUUCUUUUCAAAGAAUACUGUCAUGCGUUGUUUUUGUGUUUCCAACUAAACACAGGCAGUUUUGUACCAGCUGUGAUGUUGUGCUUGCCAUAUGGACUGUGCUAAAGAAAUUUUAAAUUUUCAAAUAGAAUCAACAAUUAUAUUACUUGCUUUCACAUUUUAAAGGCACUUUAAAAAAAUCUACAUAUCUCUUGUAGGUUAUACAACUAGGUGGUUCUUGGAAAAGCUUCCUUUGAAUGUCAUACUGUAGUGUUUAAGGCAAGAAGCUGCACAAACCCUAUGGGAAAUUUUGACUAGAAGAAUAUUUUGUACAACUUUUUUUUGCAAGUAAAAUUUUUAUGAAACUUGGUUUCUAAAAUGUUGUGAACUUCCUGGUUUAGAAUUGUGUAUAAAAAUGUCUUUGAUUUGUGUAUAUGCUACCAGACCACAACACAGAUUCUUGAAUUCCCGCAAGCAUCUCUUUUUCCCUGUGCAUGCAGUCUUUGCUGGGAUUGUUCUUUGGGAGAGAAAAAUUUGUCUAGAUGCUUUAAAAAACAGAUUUUUUAAAAUAAAGAUUUUUUUUUUAAGUGUU